AUGACUCGCAGCACGGCAAAACGGCCCAAUUUCCUCGUCAUCGUCGCCGAUGAUCUCGGCUUCUCCGACGUGGGCUGCUUCGGCGGCGAGAUCCGCACGCCGAAUAUCGACCGUCUCGCUCUCAACGGUGGCGUGCGGUUCACGGAUUUCCACGCCGCGGCCGCGUGCUCGCCCACCCGCGCCAUGAUCAUGACCGGCACCGACCACCACAUCGCAGGCCUCGGCAACCUGAUCGAAUGGACCAACAUCUCCGGCCAGAACGGGCCCAAGGGCUCGCACAUGAGCACCGCCCCGCAGCGCGGUAUGCCCGGCUACGAAGGCUACCUGAACGAGCGCGUCGUCGCGCUGCCCGAGCUGCUGCGCGACGCCGGCUACCACACGCUGAUGGCCGGGAAGUGGCACCUGGGCCUGACGCCCGAGCGCGCCCCCUACCGCCGUGGCUUCGACCGCUCCUUGGCCCACCUGCCUGCGUGCUCCAACCACUAUGCCUAUGAGCCGCAGCUGCAGGACCCCGACGACACCCCGACCUUCCUCGAGGCGAGCUACAUCGCCCUCCACAUGGAGGACGACCGCUAUGUGAAGCAGCUGCCGCCUGGUUGGUACUCGUCCGACGGCUACGGCGACAAGAUGCGCCAGUAUCUCCGCGACUGGCAUGCCGCUGGCCCCGCCGACGACAACGACCGGCCCCCCUUCUUCGCCUAUCUGCCCUUCACGGCGCCGCAUUGGCCCCUGCAGGCGCCUCGCGAGUACAUCGACCACUACCGCGGCGUGUACGAUGAAGGGCCCGACGCGCUACGCCAGCGGCGUCUGCAGCGCCUCAAGGAGCUGGGCAUGGUGCGGCCGGACGUGGAGCCGCACCCCGUCGUCGUCGCCGACGAGGUCAAGGAGUGGGACCAGUACACCGCGGACGAGAAGAAGAAGUCCUGCGCCGCCAUGGAGGUCUACGCGGGCAUGGUCGAGUGCAUCGACGCCAACGUCGGCAAGGUCAUCGACUACCUCGCCUCGAUCGACGAGCUCGACAACACCUUCGUCUGCUUCAUGUCCGACAACGGCGCCGAGGGCGCCGCCUACGAGGCCUACCCCAUGGUCCAGAGCGGCGUCAUGCCGCAUCUCCAGAAGUACUACGACAACAGCCUCGAGAACCUGGGCAACGCCAACUCCUUCAUCUGGUACGGCCCGCGCUGGGCCCAGGCCGCCACCGCCCCUUCCCGCCUCUACAAGGCCUACACCACCGAGGGCGGCGUCCGCGUCCCCUUCUUGGCCAAGUUCCCCAGCAGCGUGACCGCCGCCGCCGCCGCGGCGCGCUCCGGCAUCACCGACCAGUUCGCCACGGUCAUGGACUUGGCCCCCUCGAUCCUGGACAUGGCGGGCGUCACGCAUCCGGCCCCGACAUACCAGGGCCGCGAAGUGGUGCCCAUGCGCGGCAAGAGCUUCUACCCGUGGGCGCGUGGCGAGUCGGACCGCAUCCACGAGAAGGAGUUCGUCCAGGGCUGGGAGACCUGCGGCCGCGCCGCGCUCCGGUUCGGCGACUGGAAGAUCGUGUAUAUCCCGAAACCGAAGGGCCCGGAGCGGUGGCAGCUGUACAAUCUGGCCGACGAUCUGGGCGAGGUGCAUGAUCUGGCGGAGGUCCAUCCGGACCGCCUAAAGCAGCUGCUCAAGCUGUGGGAUCAAUAUGUCGUUGAGACGGGGGUGAUCCCUCUGAAUCCGGAUCUGGGCGACUUCAUCGAGGCGACCGAGGCGCAGAUGCCUGAGAAUGCCUGGAUGGAAUAUGACUACUGGAAGACGGGAGCCCGCGAUGAGCCGGACAAGUUCAUGCGGAAGCCAGAGCGGUUCCAGAGGGUGGUCAAACAGUUCUAG